GGCCCCUUUUCCCUCCUUGUGCAGCCAUUGCGCGAAUGGCAGCGGCUCAGGAGCGCACGUUUCCUGCGAGGAGGAAGGGGGAGAAGAAGAGCGCGCGCUGAUCGCUGCAGUCCGGCGCCGGCGGGCUGGACUCCACUGGACUGGGCUGGCGAGGGAGGCGGCUGCGGAGGAGGAGGAGGAGGACGACGGCGAGCGGGGAGAUCCCCGCAGCCCUGGCCCGGCCCCCGCGCUCCUUCUUGCAGCAGCAUCUCCAGCCCAGGCGAGGCACCGCCAGCUGCGCUCUCGCCGCUCCUGCCCUGCCGCGGGUUUCUGGUUGCAGCGGGAACAAAGGAAAGCCCCCCCCCCGCUCCUCCUCCUCCUCCCUCUGGACUCCCGACGGGCGUUGCAACAGCGGUCGCCCCGCUCUGCCUCCCCAGCAUGAAGGGAAUGCCGUGGCUGCCGCCGCUGCCGGGACCCCGCGGGCAGGGAGGGCCGCUGCUGCCGCUCUUGCUGCUGCUCCUGCUGCUGGCCGGCCACGCCGCCCUGGCUCAGCGCUGGCGGAAUGAAAAUUAUGAGCGGCCCAUUGACCUGGAAGGCUCCGGAGAUGACGACUCCUUUGAAGAUGAAGAAAUGGACGAAACGGAGGAACUCUACUCGGGCUCUGGGUCAGGAUAUUUCAAGCAGGAUUCUGGGAUCAGGACAGUGGUGCGGCUCAGCACAGACACGCCCAUCAUCCUGGCUACAACCCCAGCAGUAUUGCCCGUCACUUCGGUGCAGCCUGUCGCAACUCCCUUUGCGCCUUUCCCUGCAGAGGAGUCUACCUACAACCCUGCCACCAGCAGCUUCUACAUCCCCAGAGUGACAGAGGCACCAGUCGUCACCAUCCGGAAAGCGGCUAGCACCACCGCUAGCACCACAGUCCGUGAUGCCACAGCUGCUGCCACUACUACUACCACCACCACCACCACUACCACCACCACGACUUCCACUACACCUGCCACUGCCAAGCCGAUAACUAUCCAGAGAGUCCUGCCUCCCUUUAUAACCGUCGUCGCCACAACACAGCCCAUUACACUUGAAACGCCAACAGCAGCCACUGAAGUAGCCAAGACGGAAGCAACUACGACUCCGUUGGUGACCACCAGCGUGACGAAGAUCAGAGUGAUGCCAAAGCCAAGCACGUCACGGGAUCCAGGUCUCGUUGAGAGAAGUACCACACUUUCACCAUCUACAAGCACCACAGCGCCUACAGAAUCAGCCCAGACAGAGUCUCCGGACGUGACCCUUUCCACGGCAAUGAAUAACGAACUGGAAGUUCCCGUCAGUGGGGACUUUGAAAUCCACGAGGAGGAGGAGGCAGCAGCAGCCCGGACAGAGCUCAGUAACGAAGUGGUUGCCCUGGUUACCCCGGCGGCAGGGCCGGGGCUGAGGAAGAAUGCCGAGCCGGGGCUCAUAGACAAUACGAUAGAUGGCGGAAACUCGGCAGCACAGCUCCCCCAGAAGAACAUCCUGGAGAGGAAGGAAGUGCUCAUAGCUGUAAUUGUGGGCGGGGUCGUAGGGGCUCUGUUCGCAGCCUUCCUGGUGAUGCUGUUGAUCUACCGGAUGAAAAAGAAAGACGAGGGGAGUUAUACUCUGGAGGAACCCAAGCAGGCGAGCGUCACGUACCAAAAACCCGACAAGCAAGAGGAAUUUUAUGCAUAGAGCAGAACCUCGAGUGCCUCACCAUCUUUUUCUGUCUUGAUGCCGUCCUUUUUUAAAAGAAACAAACACAAUUCCCUCUCUUCACACGGCCUCUUUCUCUCUUUCUAAUCAAGUCUGAAUUUUAACAUGAAGAAUAGAAGAAACUGACAGUUUUAAAAGUAUCACAUUUUUAAAAGGGGGGUGGGGGUGGGGGAAGGUGUGAAAUCUUGUUUCAGCACAGGAUACAUUGCAAGGAACAAUAGUCUGGGGAGCAAACAGGUCGCGAUUUCAGACCCUUCUGGAUGUCGCCUUGGGUGAGUGCAUUAGUUACCAGCUUUGCCAGAAAUGUCUUAACACCUCCCUGAGAACUAGAGCCUUGACAUUUUUUUUUGUUUUAUGUCUUGGGAGGUGGACUGUUUGAUUUCUGGCGCUUUGCAAGACUCUUCAAGAUGUGACAGCAUUGACUUCAAGUGCAAGGAGAGGCAAUGUUGAAUAGUCCGGAUUGCUCGUUGAACCUUCCCACCACCACCCCAGAGUAAUCUAUUGCUAGAGUUGCCAUGCCCCCCUGGAAUUUCGGGUUUCAACCAGAUUUUAAGCAUUUCACCCAGAUUGCUUAGCCCACCCAGAUUCGCCUGGAUUCCAGCUUUCAUUUAAAAAAAUAAAGCAAAAAAAUAAAAUAAAGGCUAAGCUCUAGCCAUUAUAGAAGCGGAGUUAUGGAGCAAAAUGUGCAGUCACUCUUCUGCUCAAAAAUUAUGUUCAAGCCAAUUUACAUAAUAUGCAAAUUAGGCACCAGGAUCCGGAAAGCCAGAAUAUGGCAACCCUAUCUAUUGCGCUGGAACAGGGCUUUUGGAUUGCUUCUCUGGAAAACUCACACGGUCUGUGGAGGACCACUUUUACCGUUACGCACUGCUUCAUUUAUGAUAGCCCCUCACUUCCUCUUCUUACUGUUCACAACCAGACACUUCACAGGUAGCGCCUUGCUGCAUGGUUGUCCUGAGCUCACAGGGGUUUCCAGCUACACCAUGGGCCCCAAUUCGUUCAUCUGGGUCUCAGUGUGACACUCAAAAACUCUGCGGUCACAGUAUUUGCAAGUGUGGGCAGAUGGAGCAGCAACACUUUUUCAGGGCAUUAUUCACCGGGACAUGCCUGGAAAAGGCAAGCUCCCUUGAAAGCCUGCAGCAAAUAUAUCAUACUUCACACGUCUCAAGUGCUGUGGUCAUUUCUGUCUUCGGCAGGGAAUGGAGGAAUAAGAAGAAGAAAGGACCAGAGCAGCAUCUUGUGGGCCCGUAACUGAAUGUCAACACAUGGUUUGUUCCGUGUGGCACUGUAAAUAAAUCUGAGUGGUUAAACAAAGGUGGUAAAGGAUGUACACAACUGACGAGAAAGCCUGCAUCCUCAAAGCAGGAGGAUGCACAGCAGUCCCUAAUCCUGGCUUUCCAGAUGUGGUUGGACUACACCUCCCAUCAAGCCCAGCCACAAUUGCCGUAGCUGGGUAUGCUGGGAGCUGUAGUCCAACGAUUUCUGGGGACCCGAGAUGGGGAACUCCUGAUUUAGCAGGUCAACACUGGGCUGAGAGGAGGUCCUCUUUGUACCCGAAUCUGUCCUGAAUCAUGAAGCAGCUUACCCGUUUUCAUCCACGACUUGGAUGAGGGAGUGGUGCUGACCCACAGACUGGGAGAUGCUACGGACCGAAGUGCCGGGGCCAGGAUUACGAUUCUACUCGGCCCGGAGAAAUUGGAGCACUGGAUUGUAUGCCACGAAACGAAAAGAAAGCAAAAGACGCAUGUUCGGCGUUACCAAUCAGAAAGUAAAGACAAGGUUGCAAGUACAA